AUGACCAGCCAGUCUCAGGGGAUCCACCAGCUCCUUCAGGCAGAAAAAAGGGCCAAGGACAAGCUAGAGGAAGCCAAGAAGAAAAAUGGCUGUGCCAGCAGGAAAGAGAAGCGAUUGAAGCAAGCUAAGGAGGAAGCCAUGGCAGAAAUUAACCAGUACAGAAUGCAGAGAGAUAAGGAGUUUGGACUGAAACAAUCUAAGGUAAUGGGGUCUCAAAGUAAUCUCUCAGAGGAAGUAGACGAGCGAACACUCGGGAAGAUAAAAGAAUUGAAUGGAAGCUACAACAAGUACAUGGAAGUCGUGCUGAAACAGCUUUUGAACAUGGUUUGCGACGUGAAGCCAGGAAUCCACGUAAACUACAGAGCUACCCACUAA